AUGGGGAAAGAACAAAGCACCCUGGCAAAGAAAGACUACGUAAUAGAAGAAGAAACUGAAAUAUUUGCUGCUGUCACAAAGGGAGAUGACAAAUUUCUUGUGAAAAAGAUAAAGACACCCACAAACCAAGAUUUCAUCUCAGAAGCAGAAAUCCUGAAGACAGUCAGUCAUCCUCAUAUUGUGAGCUGGAAGAACUCCUUUAAAGAUGAAGAUGAGAGCAUCUACUACGCAGUGACUGAUUAUUGUCAUGGAGGAAACCUCGCUGACAAGAUCAAAGAUGGAUCACAAGAGUUUCAGGUGCUGAGCUGGUUAACUGAGAUCAGUGUGGCUUUGAGAACCAUUCAUGAAAAGGGGUUGGUUCAAAAAGAUCUGACGCCAGAGGACAUAUUCCUCACAGAAUUUGGAACAGUGCGCCUGUGUGGAUUUCAAAAAGCCCAUAAAAAUACAAAAACACCUCAGUCAACCACUAAUUCAGAAUCGCUAGAAUCAAUGAGCUAUAUGGCGCCAGAGGUCCUCACACAGGGAACCUAUGAUGCUAAAAGGAAAAUGCAACUGCGAUUGUGA